AUGUCCGACAACAACAUCUCCCCUGAUACAAUCCUUCAAUAUGAAACUUGUCUCACUCCUCCAUGGAGUGUACACAACUUCGAAAUUGAUACCAGUCUUAGUGCCCAUGUAAAAAGAGAAACACCCGAAAUAGUCUAUCGAAAUUUAUUUAAUGAACUAAUUCAUACGGAUAACCAUAAUAAUUCACAAAUCUAUACAGAUGCAUCUAAAACGUCAACAGGCAUAGGUUUGGCUGUUAUACAUGAAAGUUCCACUCAAAUAUUCCAAUUAAAUAGUCAUAGCAGCAUUUAUACAGCUGAAUACAUAGCACUUUUAAAAGGAGUCCAAACAGCUGUUAAUACUAAUUAUGACAGAAUCGACAUAUGUUCCGACUCACUCAGUGUUCUGUCAAAUAUAAAAUAUAAUUCUCAGAUCAAUCCCUUAGUCAUAAAGAUAAAAAAUAUAAUACAUUUAUCGAAUAAAUACAUACUUUUAUAUGGACUCCGGGUCACUGCAAUAUCAAAGGAAACGAAGAAGCAGACAAAGCAGCCCGAAAUGCUAUAA